GAUAAUGUUAGCUAAACUAGAUGUUAACAUACUGAUUCAUUGCAGAAAUCGGUUAGUGAUGAAAAAUGAUGCAAAAAAGCAGAAGGUAAGACAGCCUAUUAUAUUCCAUGGUACUUUACAUUAAUGACUAUCUUCUUUGCGUUUGUAGAAGCUGAAUGUGCUGGUGUUACUCUUCUUCCAGGAAUUCUUUGAAAGGAGAAAAAUGCAACAGAAACUGAAAAACUUGGGUAUUGCUCUGCCAUCAUCACCUAGAGGUACCACCUCUGGUAGUAUGGACCUUGUGACUCUGUUUAUCGUCAACCAGAUUGCUGCUAAGAAAGAAAAUAAAGAUCCUCCUGAAGUGGCAGUUCUUGGCAGCCAUAAAGGAGGAUCUAAGCAUAAGAGGAAUGAAACUCUGGUACUUCCAAUGAGUCCCUGCUCGCCAUCACAGCUGGAUCUUGUUGAGAGCCAGUCUCAGUUUAGCAUUCAAGGAACAAGAAAAGGAAAGAAUAUUAUCCCACAAGGAUUCAAAAGUCGACAGCUGUCACCAGUGCUGGAGUCAGCUUUCUCAGACAACAGUGCAGCUGACUACCUGCCCCCCACAACUGACCCCCGCAGCCCAUUCUCCUCCAUCUCAUCAGCUUCCUCAGGUCAAUAUUGUGUUGCAAAGUUCUAUAUACAUCACACUCCUGAAUUAUUUUUACAACCGUAACUUCACAUUUUUUUGUUGAACAAUCAGAACAUUUAGGCCGAUCCACCAUUGUUUCCCCAGGAAUGUUCUCCAUGCAACAGGGAAAAAAGACACAGACACAGUUACCUCUGCACUAUUCUUCUCCAGCCUGGGACACCUCAACACUGGAGCAGACUGAGUUUCAGCCUUUCUCUCAGGCUAGAGGCAUGAUGGACAGUAACCCCUGGUCAAAUAGAUCAAACCCACCCCUCUACCAACUGGAGACACCCACAGCAGCCCAAACCCUGUUUGGAAGCCCAGAGAACUAUAUCACAGAGGCCAGAGACCAUGCAGAACACCAGGUCACCUUCUCUCUCCACCAACCAGAGGACACGGAGCCGGUGUUGGAUUUCACUCUUCACCAGGCAGAGAGGGAACAGCAGUUUCAGGAAGAUGUCUUUAGGGGCUUCAGCACUGAAGAAUGUGGAGUAGAUGUUUCUCAUGUUGGGAGAGGAAAGUCAAAGAUCUAUCUCAAAGAUGAAACACCUGCCACAUCUUCAACACCACAAACUGUCCCUGACUCACCAGGCAUGGAAGUAGAGCUCUCCAACUGCACAGACAUGAACUGUUCUUGUCUUCAACACAACUAUGGUCCAAUGAGUGGCUGUGACAUGUCACCAAGUUACCCUUGUGCAAAAGGUUACCUCAGUUCCGACUCAGAUGAUGAUCAACAAUGCUAUCAUUCUUGUCCCUCUGCUGUCUCUUCAUAUAUGGACCAAGUCUGCUGUGAAGUUAGCCAUAAUUCAAACCUUGGCUUACAGGACAAUGAACAACAAAGGCACAUCCAAUCAAGGCUUCCCACCCCACCCCUUAAACCCCAAAUCAACCUCAUAGAUAAUCAGGAAGUUAUAGAGUACAUGGCUGGCUCAGAUAAAGGUGUGGGAAGUAACAGACAACAUACAGGAAGUGGCACAGCUCAGUUUGAAUCGGAGCUGUGCAAGAAAACAUCCAAUGAAACUCAAGAUGUGGGAACUCAAACUGAUGACAAACCCACGGCUGAAACAUGUGAUUCCUCCACUCAGUGCAGCUUGGUUUUACACAGUGCAACCAAAGCCACUGCAUUCAACUUGUGCCUGCCACCUUUUGAUCUGCCAGUAAUGCAUUCAGCCACAAGGAGGCAGACUCAUACUACAUCAGGGCCAAAUACACAGGCAGUGUCAACAGGCAAUGGAAGGAAUGGAGGGAAGCACAUGCCCUGGAACAACAAGAAAUCCAGAGCCAGUUCCCUAUCAGAAAACAAGAUUAUAAACAAAUUCCCUGCUAUCAACAGUGAUGGAAAAGGGAUCCCACAGAGACCCAUAAACCCCUUUCUAGAUGUGCUGAGCAUGACUUAUGGCAAAGGUGAGGAGAAUAGAGAGGGCAAAGAUGAGAGAGUGCAAGAAGAAAAUGGCCGGCUGAUGAAAGAUCUGUCAAAUGAAGUGAGGGAGGAGGUCACAUGUGCCACAAAGGUAAACAGACUCACAGAAGAGACCCAAACACUUCAGGAAAUAGUCGACAUUUUGCUCUUGCUCAACCAGAGGAAAGAUGAGUGACAGUCAGAAGGAAGGAAUUAAAGCAAGGCAGAUGGAUGAAGGCAGAAGGAAACAAGCUGUUUCUGUAUAGUUCUCUAUUUAACAUACUAUUUAAGUUCAUUUUAUGCAUGUUUACCUCAUAAACUAUAGUGUGCUAAUGUUUUGAAUAGAGACUGAAAUAAAGCCCCAAAGCGUUA